AUGGAAGCGGUUGACUCUGGAACCAGGCAAAGCCGUCACUCUGCAACAAACUCCGAACACCAACUCCACCACCUACCCCAACCCGAACAGCCUUACUCGGAUCAUCGACAUCACUCAUCCUACUCGCGGGAUUCUCUCGACAGGUCGUAUCGGGACACUCCCGCCAUGGCCACGGCAACUCUCAUCACUCCGUCCUCCCACUAUCAACCUCAGCCGUCCUUCUCGUCGCCCUCCAGCUACUCCCAUCCGAGUUCGGGUGCCAGCAUCUCCAACAUGAUCUCCUCCAUUGAGCCUCGAAAGUCGACCGACGACCACGAGCCAUCGAAUCGCCAGUCGCUUCCAUCCAUCUCAGAGGUCAUCUCAGGCACCAAACCGGGUCACUACCCUCCCGCUCACUCUUCCGGCCUCCAAUCCGCCUCCAGCCUGCCUUCACCCUUUGCAACGGCUCCUCGACCAUUCCCCGAGGCUGAGAAGCACUCCCCAGGCCCUCUCCACCCGACAUCAUCGUUCCCUCCGCGACAGGAUGCUCUACCUGCCUUCUCAGAUUCGCCUCGGCCCCCUUUCAGCAGCCGGCCAUCUCUUCCUCCCGUCUCUGAUCGCCGCCAAAGCCCACCAGCCAAGCCUGAGCUGCCUCCUCAGCAUCACCACCACACAGAGCAGAAGCCCCCGGAGCCUCACCACCCGCUCAACGGCGUCUAUGCUCACCCUCCUCCUCCUCCACCAGGACCAGUUGCCUACCAGCCUGGCCAACUACCUCCUGGUCAGAUGCCUCUGCCCACUUAUCCGAUUUCUCCCAGACAUGGUGUGCCACCUCACAUUCCGGGACCGUACGACCCCAGACCGCCCACACACGCUGAGGAGGCCGACUACGCCGCCCGUGCCAGAUAUGACGCUACCAUUGGCAGCUCGUCUCGCACGAUUUUCAACUUUGCGGAAGCUUACAGCAGAAUCGCGCAAGAACAGCAUGGCGCCCACCCCAUCCCAGCAAGACUGCCCACGGAACGUGAAGUGACGGAUAUGCUCAGUAACAUUGAGCUCAUCAAGCGAUCUUUGGAGCAAGUGAGGGACCUUGUGCAAACCUCGAUUCAAAACGAGCGAGCCCGAGAAGGUGCCAAGAUGAAGGGGCCAUACGAAGAGGAGCACGAUGUGAAUAUGUACGGGGAUGGAAUGAAGCCCCAGUACGGUAUCACAGAAGUCAAGAAGCGACGAGGGGUGAGACUGACGAACUGCAACCGAAUUGACACUCCUGAAUGGCGACGUGGACCCGAUGGAGCCAGGACGCUCUGCAACGCCUGUGGGCUGCAUUACGCCAAACUGGAGAGAAAGCGCCAGCUUGAGGCCAGGUCGAUCCGUCCCAAGCCUGAAGAGGCCCACCGACAAUGAAAUCUCUCGGACUAUAGUCAACAAGGGCAGCAUCUGGCGGCCUCGACGCACGAAAUUGCGACAUGAUGGACGACAGUCACAUGAUCGAUUCCUCGCAUCACAUCUCACUCGAGACGGAGCGAGAGCGAACCUUCACUUGAUGAUUUCAAGCAAGACACAUUUUCAACGUUUAUUAAUACCCGGUUUCGGAACGCCGACGUCAGGGCGUUCUCUGUAUAUACGUUUCUACAUCUCGGAUACCUCAGGCUUUGCGGAUGGACCCGUCGGCAUUUCAGGCGUUUUUUCUUCCAACUAUUUUUCAAGCACGGAUUAUUUUCAGGUGUACCUUUUUGUCGAAUUUCUGGGCGGAACGAUUAGGUUUGAAUUCCUAGACAAAAGAGAUUUCUGGACCACGCCAACAGUGGAGAGAUACCAGGAACAGUUUGUGGGGGCAGCAGCGGAGAGCAAUCAUCGCAUAGGACCAACUGGAUGUUGGCCUAGCUCCUUUUGGAGGGUACGUUAUACAUGGUGUUGUGGGGCGAGAGGAAAAUUGCAGCGGCUUUACGGCGUGGGCGAUGGAAGAAGCAGAAGGGAAGGGAUGGAUGGAGGAUGAAAGAAGUGUCUCAGACCACCUGUGGCUCCUGGAGUGGGCCAGGCGAAGGAUGGAUGGACGGACAGCAUGUGCGGUUCAUGUUUCUUUACGACACGAUCAAGGCAAGAAGAGAGCGGAACAGAGCAGGCAGAUGUUGAAGCGAAACGGAUCACUGUUUUGACAGAGUCAACAAGCAACGAUGGAUGUUUAGCAGCAAGUAGAUUCAAGCAAUCAGUGGUUGUGUCACGCUCAACAAUG